UCAAAACUAUUUCUUUUAGGAGAUGGCAUGGAUCAUGGUAUCGUCGGAGGUCAUGUGUCCGUUCCACACAGUCGGCCUUACAUGGUCUACAUUCUUGACUCAAUAACCCACACAGCGUGUGACGGUUUUUUGGUGAGAGAAGAUUUUGUGAUGACAGCCAAUUAUUUAAUGAACAACUUUUCUGUUGGUUUCAGACGUCCCAAGGUGUAUUUGGGCGUGAGCGACACAAAGUUUUUACCCCAUGGUAUAGAGGUAGAUUCCUUUCCACAUCCAGGUUUCAAGAACAAUAUGGGUAACGACAUCAUGCUUCUAAAGCUUAAAACUCCAGUUACUUUGAACAAGACUGUGACUAUCAUUGACCUGCCAAAUCCUUGGAAUGACAAAAUCUCUAAGGACUGUUUGGUUAUGGGAUGGGGCUCGACGAUAUAUGAUCACGAUUCUCCAUCGACAGUCCUGAGAGAAUUAAAUGUGACUCUUACAAGUGACGCAAACUGUGGCAAGCCUGAUAUUAUAUGCCAUAAAGGCAAAGUUGGGCCAUCACUGGUAUGUAUUUAAUUAAAUGUUGCUUUUUAUGUUGAACGGGAACAGUUUAUUUUAUUGUAGAAUGAUUAUAUAUUGACUAACUUCAUGUCAUUCACAGGGAGACUCUGGAGGCCCUUUCAUUUGUGGAGGUGUUGCACAAGGCAUUGUGUCUUUCUACAUCGGGAUAUCUGAAGACUACAUAUCAGGAUAUACUCGUAUA